AUGGCCCGCCAACGAGUUGGUCAAUCACGCUUCAAAUUGUUAGUUGCUAUUGCGAUUGUCGUGCUGUGCUUCUUGCACCUGCCAAUCAACGGCUCGCAAACUCUAGCAGUACCAGGUUCAGGCAGAGAAACUACUAGAGCAAGCCUAGAGAAGUUGGCAGUGAGAAAACUGAAGACAAAGCUGCGCGAGAAGGGUUUGAAGGUGUCAGGGCGAAAAGCAGACCUUGUGGAGCGGCUGGUGAAAUACACGGCAAUGGAGAUAAAGAGGGUGAGAAGUGGCAAACGUGAGAUUCCAGAAGCACUGAAACUCGCUGACCCUGCCACCGAUGUCUUCAUCCCUUUGGACGAAACGGUUCAACAGCUUGAAGCUCUGUUGCAAAAAGAUGAGGGUUGUUUUCAUUCGUGCUGGUGUGGCUAG